UGAUGGGAGGAAAAUUGAAGGACAAAAAGCAGUUCACGCGGAGGAAGGUGUGUAUGUGUGGAUGUUGGUGAGCCACCCUUUCGCCAGCUGGCCUUCCGACAGCCCAGGGAAAUUGCCCCCACACGCGCCAAGCACGUGACUCCCAACUCCCUCCUUCUCUCUCUCUCUCUCUCUCUCUCUCUCUCUCACUCCCCUCAAACCCAACCUCUUCUCGCUCUAAAGCCCCCCUCCCCUCUCACCCCAUCGCUUUCUCCUUCGAUCGAUUUAUCAUUCCCCGAAUCAACUCUCUCUCUCUCUCUCUCUCUCGCGUUCUCGCUCUACUUUCUCUCUCUCUUCUGUUUUUGCUCCUUCUCGUUGUGCGAGUCUCUGAGCUUUGAUUCAGACAUGCAGCUUCGGUAUCGGGGGAGUUAGGAUUCAAAUGUUAUUGUUCGGGGGCGGAGGUGCUGGAGUGCGGAUCUGCUGGCGAGUUGAAAUGUCAUGGAAAAUUCUUGGAGGUAGGAACUAGGAAGAUCGCCGAAUUGAUUUGUAUAGCAGAAACAGUGUGGAAUAAGCAUGGCAAGAAAAACAGGAAAUGAUGAUACAUUCAUUCGGGAAUCGGGAGUCUGGAUCUUGAUAUGAAUACCGGGGCUUACAUUGUAUUUAAAAUGAUAGAUAGAGGUUGAUGAGUUGGAAAGCAGUUUUGGACAGUCUGGAUCUUGAUAUGGAAACUGGGGUUAAAUUGCAUCUAAUGUUAUGGAUGGAGGUCAUAUGGCCUCCAGCUCAAAGAAGUUGGAGCCAAAAAAUCUUGUAAGCCAAUAUGUCGUUGUCUUAUAACAAAUUCUAGAUUGAAAAAGGCUUUAAUGGGGUAGGAAGUGGGCCGAAAUGGUUUUGAAUUUUGAAUACUUAAGGAUAUGGAGGAGACGCGAGAUGAUGCAGGGCCCGCAGAACGAGGGCAUUCUAGUGCUACAUGGUGGCCUUCAGAUUUCAUGGAAAAAUUUGGAUCUGUUUCUUUAGUUUCUCAAGAAGAAACUUUGAAUAAUAAGGACUCAAAUUGUGACAUUGAGCGGGAUGUUUUGUCACCUCAGACUGCCUCACAGAUUCUCUGGAGCACUGGAAUGUUUUCUGGACCAAUACCAAAUGGUUUUUACUCUGUAAUUCCGGAGAGAAGGCUCAAGGAGCUUUAUGAUCGCAUUCCAACUUUGGAUGAGCUUUAUGCUUUGGGGAGUGAGGUUCUUAGAGCUGACAUCAUUCUUGUAGAUGCAGAGAAAGAUAAGAAGCUGACUAUGCUAAGACAACUGAUUGUGGCAUUAGUCAGAGGAUUGAGCUCAAAUCCAGCUACAAUGAUAAAAAAGAUUGCUGGAUUGGUUUCUGAUUUUUAUAAACGACCAAAUGCGGAAAGUCCAGCAAAAGCUGCACUUGAGGAAAGUGCCCAUAUGUCUGAGAAUAGAGUUGUUCAGAUGCUGGGACAAAUAAAGCAUGGUUCAUGCCGUCCCCGAGCAAUUCUAUUUAAAGUGCUUGCAGAUACUGUUGGUCUUGAAAGUAGGCUCAUGGUGGGUCUGCCUAAUGAUGGGGUUACCGAGUGCAUGGACUCAUACAGACAUAUGUCCGUCAUAGUUGUGUUGAAUUCUGUUGAACUACUUGUUGAUCUUAUGCGAUAUCCGGGCCAGCUGAUACCUCGGUCAACCAAGGCAAUUUUCAUGACUCAUAUUUCUGCUGCAGGAGAGAGUGAUUCAGCUGAAAAUGAUUCCUGUGACUCACCACUAGAGCCAAACAGUCCUCUGUAUGGGUUUUCAGAGAAAGCUGACCCUGACAGUGUUGAUAGAGAUGAUGGCCUUCAAUAUCAGCGGAAAUUGGAAGCCUCAUCAAAUAUAUCAGGUCCUGCAUUGAGGAAUAUAAUGCUGAGGCCUGGCUCCUCUAUAGACCGAAAACUGAGUUUGUCACAUAGCGAGCCUGAUAUUGCUACAGCAUUUUGGCGACGCAGUCGAAGAAAGGUCAUUGCUGAACAACGGACUGCUAGUUCAAGUCCAGAGCAUCCUUCAUUUCGAGCACGCGGACGAUCCUUGCUUAGCGGUGAUAGGAAAUCAUUUAGAGAUUAUUCUGAUGAUAUAGCCACGUCAAGGUACAGGUCAGAUGGAACGUCAGAUGCUCGUAGAAUAAGAAGAAGAAGCAUUAGUAUUACUCCAGAGAUUAGUGAUGAUAUUGUAAGGGCUGUGCGAGCAAUGAAUGAAACAUUGAAGCAAAAUCGUCUUUUGAGAGAGCAGGGUGAUGAUAGACCAUUUUCCUACUCUGCAAACGAUAGAAACAGUAAUUCAGACCUUCAAAAAAAUGUAUCUGAUUUUCAUCUCGAUCGUCAUGAUGAAAUAUCUGGUGCAAGGUCUGCUAUAUAUACCCCCAGGGAUCAAGUAAGCUCUCAAAAGGCAUUGUCAUUACCGUCUUCACCUCAUGACUUUAGGGGUCAAGCUUCUGGGAGAAGUGGAACUUCGGACCGUGUGGCAAAUGAGGAAAUGGUCUCAACAUGGAACAGAGUUUUGGAAUCACUUCUGUUUAAUGACAAGCCUUUGCUGCCUUUUCAAGAAUGGAAUAUUGAUUUCUCAGAAUUAACUGUUGGAACCCGUGUUGGGAUUGGGUUUUUUGGAGAAGUUUUCCGAGGCAUUUGGAAUGGGACAGAUGUUGCAAUUAAGGUUUUUCUGGAGCAAGAUCUGACUGCUGAAAAUAUGGAGGACUUCUGCAAUGAAAUAUCCAUCCUCAGCCGUCUUCGACACCCAAAUGUAAUUUUGUUUCUUGGUGCAUGCACCAAACCUCCACGUUUGUCAAUGGUUACUGAAUAUAUGGAGUUGGGAUCCUUAUACAAUUUGAUCCAUUUGAGCGGUCAGAAAAAGAAGCUCAGCUGGCGUAGGAGAUUGAAAAUGCUGCGUGAUAUUUGUAGGGGGUUGAUGUGCAUACACCGGAUGAAAAUAGUCCAUCGUGAUCUAAAAACAGCAAAUUGCCUCGUAAAUAAGCACUCGACAGUCAAGAUCUGUGAUUUUGGGCUCUCUAGAGUAAUGACGGACGCACCAUUGAGAGACUCAUCAUCUGCUGGAACUCCUGAAUGGAUGGCCCCUGAACUUAUACGCAAUGAACCAUUCAGUGAAAAAUGUGAUAUUUUUAGCCUUGGUGUGAUAAUGUGGGAGCUCUGCACGCUAAAUAGACCUUGGGAAGGUGUACCACAAGAGCGGGUUGUCUAUGCUGUUGCUCAUGAAGGAUCACGAUUGGACAUUCCUGAAGGUCCUUUGGGCAGGCUAAUUGCAGAUUGUUGGGCAGAACCGCAGGAACGGCCAAGCUGUGAGGAGAUACUAUCGCGCUUGCUCGACUGCGAGUACUCACUCUGCUAAUUAGAUGUGUUUGUUGUGUAUAGAAAACAUGGCAGAGGUGUUAAAAUAUGUUACCGGCUCAAGUUGUAAACUUUGACACGAUUUUCCAUUUAUUGUACAAACAUUAUAAUUGUUCAUCUUCUAAUUCCAAUAGUACAAACUCUUCUUUCUGGGCAGCUAAAAA